CCAUUUCACUGUAAACGUAAUUUCGAAACCAUAUCACAUCUGGAGCGACUAUCGGCACCGCGGCGAAAUGAAGCGAACUGUGGCGGAGAACGGGGCUGAUAAGGAACUUAAGGGAGUGAGAGAUGAAUUUGCCCAACGAGUGUCUGAUGCAGUGAUUAAUCAACUCUUAGAUUUAUGUUUAAAACAUGACGUGUUUGAUGAUGAGGAGAAGGAUUCAAUCCUGGAGGAGAACCGCACGCGAGCUAAGAAGGCACGCGCUCUCAUUGACGCGGUGAUUAGAAAAGGACCCGAGGCCUGCGAGAAGGUGAUUGGUUACCUGGAAAGUAAAGACCAAAUGCUUUUCAAACAGCUGGGGUUGUCCAGCGCUCAGGCUUCUCAGUCAGCUGGCAGAAGGAAAGAAGAAGAAGAAGAAGAAGAAGAAGAAGAAGAAGAAGAAGAAGAAACGGCUUGUAAACGAGCUCGACAGCAGGACAAGCCAGAUGGAGUGACUCGGAGCCAGGACUUGUCAGAGCUGCAGCUUCUGCAGGUCGCCGAGCAGCUUGGGAAGGAGUGGAAGCAGGUCGCCAUCUACUUAGGCUUGGAAUCCAACGACGUGGAUGACCUGGAGGAAGCAGAGAUAAGUGUAACCAUGCGGAAGCAGAAAAUGCUGUUGAAGUGGAAGAACAAAAGGAAGCGAGGAGAAGCUACAGCCAAACACCUGCUGGAGAGUCUGAAGGAGAUGGAGAACCUGUCUCACAACGUUUAUGAGAUACUGGAAGGUAUGAUGGGCGAUGUGAGGGAUGAAGCUGCUAAAUAAACCAGCUAUGAAUUUAACAUGUGCUAUGAAGGAAAGUCAACCUGCGGAUUUCAGCUCUUCAAUUUUUGUUUUCUGCAGAAGAAACACCUGGACAUUUUCUUUUUAUGUUUUAUUGGCUCUAGCUGCCUGUAUUUGAGAGUUGUUAGUCAGGAAAGCAAUGAGAGAGGGGGGAAGACAUGCAGCAACGGCCACCAGGCUGGGAAUCGAACCUGUGCUGUCCGUGUCGAGGACAGGCUCCGUAUGUGGGUUGUGCUUUGCCCCUGCAUCACCACAGAACCCCGAUAUCUUUAUUUAAAUUUGUUCAAAUUUGAAAAUUAGUUUUCUGUAACAAGCACAGACUAAUAAGGUUACCAGGCUUAAGAAAGAGAAGUUUGGUAAUUGAUUACAGCGUAAAUGCUGAUUUAAUGACUGAAUUAAGAAUUAAUUUUCUCUCCCGUUUGUCAUUUCAUUUUAAUAAAAUUAUUUUUUCCUAA